GCCAUAUUAUUUAGAUGCAUUCGCCCAGACACAGUAAUGAAGAACUUUGAAACCGGUUGUCUUUAUCUGCUCAUUCUUUUAAAUCUUUUCACCAGGGGUUUCGCAGGGGUUUCGCAUAUCGUCAGAAGGUACUCUGUUCCUGAGGACCACUUCCUGUUUCUGUGCUGCGACAGUGAUCCAGACAACCCCAAUAUGGAGUGGAGGAACGGGGCAGGCCAGGUCAUUGCCUCCAAAAAGGGAGCUGCCGUGUCCUAUCUCAACCAGAAUAAGUACCACAUAUCAGACGGAUUCCUGCAGAUUAAGGACCUGGAGCGGGCCGAUGCUGGGGAGUAUUACUGUAAUGGUCACUUGGAGGCAGAGGUGGAGGUGCUGACAGGUCAAACCUUUUACAUAUCUGAAGGACGGACCCUGUUGAUCCCCUGUGAAAGUGACAAAAAGCAGGUUUGGUCCUUCAGGAAAGAGAGGAGCCCCAGGCGUGUGAACAUCUUCACCGUCUUCAGGAACGGAACAAUAAUCAGAAUGAGGGAUGACCCACAAGGACGGUUUGUCCCAUAUCAUAAGGCUCUUGAGAUAGUCCGUCUGGAGCUAGAGGAUUCUGGGAAGUACAUGUGUAACAGCAACGUGGUUGCCAGGCUUACAGUGAUUAAGGCUCACAAGGAUCAGAUACAUCAAACCAUAACUGCAGUAACAGAUACAAUUGUUACAGAUUCACCAGAAAUAACAGGUCCUAUAUUGAAUAAAGUGGCUGUUAUUGCCGUUGUCGGACUAUGUGUGCUGGUGUCAUCAGUUUUUCUGGUGUCCCUAAUUUUGUGCCAGAGAAAGAUGUCGAAGAAAAGAAAGAACAAAAAGAAUGUCAGAAUUACAGGGACAGGAUAUCAUCAUGAAGAAACUGAGCUGCAACCGCAGGGCCUGUGCAUUAGAGGUUCACCAAAGAUUCACAGUGAUGUUGGCCAGAGCCUUUCAGCUGAGCAGGACCAUGAGGUCCACUAUGCAUCACUGGGGCGACAGAACUGGCUGGAAAGAGGGCGAAUGCAGGAUAAGGGUCACCAGGUCAUCUAUUCCACUGUUGCCGUGGCAUAGCCAACUUCAGAAUAGAUUCUGUGAGCAAGUUUUCUUGAGAACAUAGAGGGUGUGUAAAUAUAACAUAUAUAUUAUUUGUCAUAUUUGUGUAGAACUUUCCUUGAUAAGCUGUGGGCAGGAUGUAAAAUAAAAACGUGAUUCUUUUUUUUGUUAUUUUAUUUAAAAAUAAUGUCAAAACAUGUUCCAAGUAAAACAAAUAAAAAUAUAUUUCUUAUGCUUUUAUUAAAGUAUAUAGUUUGUAGAGAAAUAUGCUGUGCUGGACACAUCAAAUACUAAGCUAUCUGCUACAGGUAUAGCAUAGUCAAUUCAUAUCUGCCAGACAUAUAGUCGUCAUCCACCCACACAU